CAUUAGCUUUAAAUCGCCGUGAAUCUUUCUUUCUUCUUUGGCCCUCGUGGAAUCCAGAGUUUUCUCGUAAAUUUUAAUUAUUUACAGAGUGGUCAGUAAAUAUGGCUGCAGAAGUAGCAGAAAAUUUUGAAAGUGAAAAUUUCGAUACAGGAGCUCAAUUUGUCGAAAAUGUUGCUCCCGUUGUUGCCGCCGAACUUCCAGACAUCAAGCUUUUUGGUCGCUGGAGCUGUGAUGAGGUUCAAGUAUCUGAUAUGUCUUUACAAGAUUACAUUGCUGUAAAAGAGAAAUAUGCACGCUAUUUACCUCAUUCAGCAGGACGUUAUGCAGUAAAAAGAUUCCGUAAAGCACAAUGUCCAAUUGUCGAGCGAUUAACAUGCUCGCUUAUGAUGAAAGGUAGAAAUAAUGGUAAAAAGUUGAUGGCAGUGCGAAUUGUAAAACAUGCUUUCGAAAUCAUUCAUCUAUUAACCGGAGAGAAUCCAUUGCAAAUCCUCGUAUCUGCAAUUAUCAAUUCAGGACCACGCGAAGAUUCAACUCGUAUUGGUCGUGCAGGAACGGUUCGUCGUCAAGCUGUUGAUGUCUCUCCAUUAAGACGUGUAAACCAAGCUAUUUGGUUGUUGUGUACAGGAGCUCGUGAAGCUGCAUUCCGUAAUAUUAAAACAAUUGCUGAAUGUUUGGCUGAUGAAUUGAUCAACGCUGCUAAGGGAUCAUCAAAUUCAUAUGCUAUUAAAAAGAAGGACGAGUUGGAACGUGUUGCUAAAUCUAACCGUUAAUCAUCUAAUUGUCGAAAUCAUCAUAUACAUCUUAAUAAUGUAAAAAAACGUAUCCAACAUAAAAUUAUGAUGAUU